GAUCUGCUAUUCUGUGAUUGCUAAAUUUUGCAGCCGCAUUCCGGUUAAAUUAUUGAUUUUUUAUAGAAGAUGGUGGUUUAGAAAGUUUGGAGGACCCAAUGGCGAGCUCCGACCCGAGUAAGCGACCCAGGCCCGGUCCUUGGCCGCCGGGCGCUGCUGCACCAGAAUCCGGUCCCGCAAUGCCACCUUCCUCUUGGGCGAAAAGGACCGGUUUUCGUCCUAAAUUUUCGGGGGAGACUAAUGCCACGGAUUCCGGUCCGAUUUCAGUUCAGCCGCAGCCGAAGCCUAAAGAGCCCGAACCCAAUCUCGAUCUCGAAGCGGGCCGAGUUCGGCCCACUCCAACGUCAAAUGGGGAGCUGUCUCCUGUGCCGGAAAAGCCCGGUCAGCAGAAGGAUAAGGAUAAGGUGGUGAGGAAAAGGAGGGAUUCUGAUGGAGGUGGUGGUGGUGGUGCGGGUGCGGGGGCGGGGGCUGGCAAGGGUUCGAGGCCCAAUGGGCAGGCUGCGAGUGGGGGGGAGACGGCGCAGGGGACGGGGUCGGGGAGUCGGAGGGCCACUCGGAAUGAAGAGGUGGUGGAUAUGUUGCCGCAGACUGUGGUGGAAGAUGAUGGGUUUAUUUCAAAGCAAUCACAUAUGAAGUAUGAGCUUAGAGAUUCACCUGGUCUUGUUCCUAUCGGGCUAUAUGGAUUUCAACACUAUCUUUCAAUGUUGGGGUCACUGAUACUAAUUCCUCUGGUUAUAGUUCCAGCAAUGGGCGGCAACUAUGAGGAUACGGCAAACGUGGUUUCCACUGUGCUUUUCAUUUCAGGGCUGACGACACUUCUACAUACAGCCUUUGGAUCAAGGCUGCCCCUAAUACAGGGUCCAUCUUUUGUUUAUCUUGCUCCAGCUCUAGCAAUAAUAAACUCCCCUGAGUUUUUGCGGCUGAAUGGGAAUAAUUUCAAGCAUAUUAUGAAAGAACUACAGGGGGCUAUAAUCAUUGGUUCAGCUUUCCAAACCAUCCUGGGAUAUAGUGGUCUGAUGUCAUUAUUAUUGAGAUUCAUUAAUCCAGUGGUUGUCGCCCCUACCAUUGCUGCUGUUGGACUUUCGUUCUACAGUUAUGGUUUCCCACGAGUUGGUACUUGUCUUGAGAUUGGUGCUGUGCAGAUAUUGUUAGUUGUUAUUUUUUCUCUUUACCUUCGUAAAAUAUCUGUUUUGGGUCAUCGGAUAUUUCUAAUAUAUGCAGUACCUUUGGGCCUGGCGAUUACAUGGGCCUUGGCUUUCCUUCUGACUGAAGCUGGAGUAUAUAGCUACAAAGGUUGUGAUGCGAAUAUACCAGCCUCGAACAUAAUAUCAGACCACUGCAGAAAGCAUAUUUCUAGAGUGAAGCACUGUCGAGUUGAUACAUCUCAUGCACUAAAUUCUUCUCCAUGGUUUAGAUUUCCUUACCCAUUGCAGUGGGGUACACCUGUGUUUCACUGGAAAAUGGCUCUUGUGAUGUGUGUGGUGUCCAUUAUCACAUCAGUGGAUUCGGUUGGGUCAUAUCAUGCAUCAUCCUUGUUGGUGGCAUCCCGACCUCCAACACCUGGUGUUUUAAGUCGAGGAAUUGGUCUUGAAGGCCUAACUAGUCUAUUGGCUGGUCUAUGGGGAACUGGGACUGGAUCAACCACCUUGACUGAAAAUGUGCACACAAUUGCUGUCACAAAGAUGGGCAGUCGAAGAGCGGUUCAGUUGGGUGCAGGUGUUUUAAUUGUCCUUUCCCUCAUAGGUAAAGUAGGUGGGUUUAUUGCAUCAAUUCCUGAAGUCAUGGUUGCAGCUCUCUUGUGCUUCAUGUGGGCAAUGCUUACUGCAUUAGGCUUGUCAAAUUUACGAUACAGUGAGGCAGGAAGCUCAAGGAACAUAAUCAUAGUGGGCUUGUCAUUGUUUUUCUCCCUUUCAGUGCCAGCUUACUUCCAACAGUAUGGUAUUUCUCCGAAUACCAACUUACCAGUUCCAAGUUACCUUCAACCCUACGCUGUGGCUUCUCAUGGUCCUAUCCGCACCAGAUAUGGAGGGUUAAACUACUUUGUGAACACGCUGCUUUCACUUCCCAUGGUGAUCGCAUUCUUAGUAGCUGUAAUUCUGGACAAUACUGUACCUGGAAGUCGGCAGGAACGUGGAGUGUAUGUGUGGUCCGAAGCUGAGACUGCAAGAAGAGAACCUGCUGUAGCUAAAGACUACGAGUUACCAUUUAGAGUUGGGAGAGUUUUCAGAUGGGUAAAGUGGGUUGGACUGUAGGAGGAGGAUGAUGCUAUGUUACUCUCCUUGCUACAAGUUUUGUCACACAUUGGUAGCCACCAUUUCUGGAGAGUGUGGUUGAUGUUCUGAUAUAAGCUCCUCGAAUUUGCAUGGCGAUCUAUUGAAGAGUUUUUAGUUUGCAGCGACGCGCAAAUGGGGCUUUCUGGGACUAGUGGCCUGAUAGAGAGUUAAUUUUGUGUACAUUGGAGGAUCAGAAGGAAUCUGUGUUGUAAUUUAAAGUUGUAAAAGCCCUGUAUGUAAUUUUGAGGUAAGGUCCUUGGAUGGACUUCUCCAUUUGCACAGUAGCUAGCAAUGAGAAUUUACUUCUUCAUCCAUUAUAUAAAAAAGUUUGCAUGUAAUCUUUUUUGGCUUAGCGGGGGGCUGAAUUAAUUCUUUUUUAUUUUUUUGAGAAAUUCAAAAUUUAUAAGCUGCAGUGCUUCUUGAAGCGGCUGUGUAAUUUCUUUUGUGUUUUUAUUUCGUAUUUUGAUGAGAAACUUGUUGUAAAGACUAAGGGUAUAUAUACGUAUAGAGAUGUUUUCGC